AUGUCAGUCUCCGUGAUAACUGACACAUAUCCGUCCAUCGACUGGUCAGUGGUCUCCGAGACCCCCACGGGUGCUAAUGUCACAGAGUGGCAGCGAGACGCCCUGCUGGCGGUGGCCGAGGUGGUGGUGCUGGCGGUCAUCUUAGUGAUGGCGUUGCUUGGUAACGGGUUGGUCCUGGUGGUGUUGCUUAGGCGAAGGCGACACCACAACCCCCUGCACCAGUUCAUGCUCAACCUCUGCGUGGCUGACCUGGUGGUGGCGCUAUUUCAGGUGUUGCCCCAGCUCGUGUGGGACGCUAAGGGACGCUUUCCCGGCCCUGACUUCUUAUGUCGCCUGGUGAAAUACCUUCAGGUCCUCGGCAUGUUCGCCUCCUCCUACAUGAUUGUGGCCAUGACGGUGGAUCGCCACUACGCUAUCUGCUGCCCCCUGCAGGCACAUCGCAGCGGGGCCACGCAGCGCUGGAACAGCUUCAUAGUGCUGGCCUGGGUCCUGUCGCUGCUGCUCAGCCUGCCGCAGGUCUUCAUCUUUUCCCGUUCUGAGGUGGCUCCAGGUGUGUAUGAAUGUUGGGGCAACUUCGCUGAGUCCUGGGGCCUCAAAGCCUACGUGACAUGGAUGACCCUAGCCAUUUUCAUCCUCCCUGUUCUCAUCAUCACCGUCUGCCAGGUGCGCAUCUUUAAGGAGAUUCACAACAAUCUGUACCUGAAAUCAGACCGCCGCCUUUCCCCCACCAUUCUCCCUCAAGUGAGAAAACACACCCAGAGAGGAGGAGGAGGAGGAGGCAGAGGAAAGUCUAAUGUCCCCUUCUAUGCUUCUCCCCUUGUGUUCAACAACUCUGGGAGUCACAGUAGUUUUGACUCUGUAUCCACCUACCAGCACCUGCCAAUGGGUCCACUCAGGCCCAGCAGCAUCACGUCACAUUGUGAUAUUCACACUUUUGCUGCUCUUCACCCUGCUCAGCUUCAGGCUGGCGUCCCGCCUGACCCGGCAGCGCCCUCCACCGUCUGCUCACCGCACCCACCCAAACUCCCCCCUGCCAGAGGUGGAGAGGUAACAGCAGCCAUGUCAAAGACGGUGAAGAUGACGUUAGUCAUUGUGCUCGUCUACUCGCUGUGCUGGGCCCCAUUCUUCAGCGUCCAGCUGUGGGCCGCCUGGGACCCCGACCCGCCUCAGAACGGUGUAGCGUUUACCCUGCUGAUGCUGUUGGCCAGUCUGAACUCCUGCACCAAUCCCUGGAUCUACUCUGCCUUCUCCAGCAGCGUCUCCCCGGAGCUCUGUCUGCUGCUUCACUGUCGGCCGCACACACAGCGCCAAGCCUCCGUGACGAACGACUCCACCGUCACACAUACCUCCAACAACUGAACAGUGGACACAAUCGGACUCGCAGCUGAGGGUGACUCCCUCUCAUGUGGCACAGUUGAACUUUUAAGUUGAGACAAGAGCUAAUUAUUUGCAGCAUAGCCAGGGAAUGAGC